AUGGCCUCCCACCAUGUCAUCACGGUCCAGCCCCAGUUUUCGGUUCCCAUGCGGGUGAGCGAGUGGCAGUCAGGGCUGCUGGACUGCUGCUCCGACUGUGGCGUGUGUCUUUGCGGAGCCUUCUGCUUCAGCUGCCUGGGGUGCCAAGUGGCCAGGGACAUGGAUGAGUGCUGCCUGUGCGGCCACAGCGUGGCCAUGAGGACCCUCUACCGCACCAGAUAUCACAUCCCGGGCUCCAUCCUGAGUGACUGUGCUGCCGCCAUGUGCUGCCCCUUGUGCUCCGUCUGCCAGCUG